GUCAAAGUUCACAGGAAGCUGGGGGGCUGCCAUUUUUCCCCCUGCUAACAUGUUAGAUGCUAAAAAGGCGAGGAGUGGUGGUCGCUGCUGAGUGCUUCUGUUUAUUGGGUGUUUGCCAUUCGUUUGCGUUUGUCUACCUCUUCCGUCGUAUGCGUUAGGCUCGGUUGUUGAAUGAAGGCGGCAUGGAGAGGACAGAACAGCCGUGGAAUUCCUCCUACACGUACCAGGUGAGCAAACACAGCGCCGAGAUGCUACACAACCUCAACAGCCAGAGAAAAGAUGGAGGCAGGUUUUGUGAUGUUAUCUUGCGCGUCGGAGAGGAGAGCUUCCCCGCGCACAAGGCGGUGUUGGCGGCGUGCAGCGAGUAUUUCGAGUCGGUGUUCAGCUGUCAGACGGAAGACGACGGCCAGGGCAAGGAGCUGGAGAUGCACACGAUCAGCCCCAAAGUUUUCCGAGACAUCCUGGACUUCGCGUACACCUCCAAGAUCGUGGUGCGCCUGGAGUGCUUCCCGGAGCUUAUGACCGCGGCGAAGUUUCUGCUCAUGCGAUCUGUCAUCGAGAUCUGUCAGGAGGUUAUCAAACAAUCCAACGUGCAGAUCCUCGUGCCUCCUUCCCGAGGAGGCGAGCACAGCCUGUUCAGGGCCGCGGAGCAGCUGUCAUACCCCCUGCCCGUGGACAUGUCAAACGGGAGCGUGUCCAACGGCGCGGUGUUUACCGACAACAAUGACAGCGACAGUGGCGAUCCGACGCAGCCGAGUAACAGCUCUCAGCCGGCCGCUCCCGGAGCACCAGCGGCCGACCGCUUAGCGGUUUCCCCUUUGGAGUUUCCCGGCAGCCACCUCAAUAGCGACAGCUCCAAGCGAAGCAGAGGGAGACCCAAAAAAGAGCCCACAACAGAGCCGAUCACUUACAACACCACCACCCCUCAAAACGAAAACGAGGGCCUUUUCUCCUGCGGGGUUUGUGGUAAGAUGUUUCCAGACGACGUCCAGUUGAGAAACCACGAGACGCAGCACGGGACGUUCACCGGCGGCGUGAGCACGGGAGCGGAGCUGGUCGCUGUGGACGGCCCGACGAUGAUCUCUCAUCCCCAGACGAGGUUCCAGGAAAACGGACUGCCCGCGGACAACCGUAAACGCGAGAGGACGAGACGACACGUUGCGUGUGAUCUGUGCGGGAAGGUCUUCCGAGACGUCUACCACCUCAACCGGCACAAACUGUCACAUUCGGGCGAGAAACCGUACGCGUGUCCGGUGUGCGGGCUGCGCUUCAAACGCAAGGAUAGGAUGUCUUACCAUGUGCGGUCUCACGACGGCUCGGUGGGUAAACCGUAUGUCUGUCAAAGCUGCGGGAAAGGUUUCUCCAGGCCAGACCAUCUGAAUGGACAUAUUAAACAAGUUCACACCACAGAGAGACCUCACAAGUGUCAGAUUUGCAAUGCGUCUUUUGCAACACGAGAUCGCCUGAGGUCGCAUCUGGCAUGCCAUGAAGAUAAGAUACCAUGUCAAGUGUGUGGGAAAUUCCUCCGGGCUGCCUACAUGACCGACCACUUGAAAAAACACAGUGAAGGACCUCAUAACUACUGUGGAAUAUGCAACAAAGGUUUUUCUACUGCAUCCUACUUAAAGGUGCACGUAAAAACGCACCACAGCUCGUCCAUGCUCCCUUCCUCUGCAGCACAUCAGUUCCCUGAACCACGCACCAACAGACCACAGACGCACAACGGCGCCCCCUACCACUCAGGACGCCAGUGCGCAGUGGAAGACCUUUGCACCAGUCGCCGGCUCGUGGUUACCUUUCCCGAGACAGAAGGGGCUUUUCGGGGGCUAACUGGGCCAGUUCUACCCCAGCCCGUCCCUCCGGCCCUGGGCCUGCAGCCUGAGCUGCUCUUGGGCAAGCCAGGUCCAACUCCCUAUUUCUGGGAGUGCCGCUCUUCUGGAGCACCAGGGUUUCCACUUCACGGACCUCUUACAGACGGGCAGGAAAAUGCUGGGAAAUGCCCCCAUCAGGAUUCUGAUGGAUCGGAUGCAGUUUUCGGUGAUCUUUCCAACGGAACGGACCUCAAGGCUGAACAGAAAGUCGAGGGAGAAGAAAUGGAGGUGACAUCUUUCAUCUUCAAUGGCCAACCUGAGGAUACAGUGACCUCGCCGGGGGGAUCCAAAAACAUCCAAAAAACAGACCAAGAAAAGAAGUUUGCCUGCGGCGACUGCGGUCAGACUUUCCGCACGAAGUCUUACCUCAACAAGCACCAUCACCGGGUUCAUAAGAAACGUGCUGCCGCCGGGUCCGGUCUCGGUGAUCUCAGCUCUCCCUUUUCUCCCCAACAGAAUAUGUCACUUCUGGAAUCCUUUGGCUUUCAGAUCGUCCAGUCAGCCUUCGCCUCCUCACUAGUGGACUCUGAAAUGGGCAGCAGUGGAAUGGGUUUAGGGGAGAAAUGACCCCUUUGAGAUACAGACAUUUCUUAUAACUUAAUUGGACAACCAAACUUUUGAUAACUGCGAGUUUAGUCUGUCUCAUACUCUUUGCCGCCAUAUGUAGACUACUUUUUGUUUCGUUUUUUGCUUCGUAUUAUUAUAAUGUUUGAUAAUGUUCUGACUUUGCCAUCAUGGAUGCCAUUUUGAUUCCAUCUUGGUGUGAAGCAGCUAAUGUGUUUAUUCCACUCUCGACAAAUCCUCAGUUUCAUUGGUCUGUCCUUUUCACUUUCGACAUGUAUGUGUAUCACGUGUCUUUCAGCUUCCAGAUGGUGGAUUGAGGAUGAUGUUUGCUUUAAAAGACAAACUGAUGCCCCAAACUUUUCAGAAUGUACCUCUAGGUUAUUUUUUUCCCAGACUUACCUCACAGAGAAACAUAACAUUAGUGAUUAUUGCAAUUUUAACAGUCUAAUCAAAAGUUUCCACAUUAAGACAAGGAAAUGACCGUUACAACAACUAGGUUUAAAACGUAAAUGUUUUAGACUUUUUCUAUACGAAUUACUUUAACGAAUAUUUAAAUGAUUUUAAAUCCUAGGCCAAAUAAUGGCUGUUAUCUCAGUAAUGUUUGUGGUGUUUCUUUGUUUAUCAUUGGUAGUUCUGAGACAGAUUGUUUUGGGUCACAAAAAGUAUGUCAGUUUUUAAUGUCCAACAGGGACCAAUUUCAGGUUUCACUGUAAGAUAUAGCAAGAAGCAAAGAAUAUAUUUUAUUAACUUAUUGAUACCAGUGUCCAAGUCUCCUUUACGAAAAGGUAUAUAUUGAGUUUUGUUGCGACGUGCUAUUUUCUUGAAUCAUGCAGCCGACAGGAGGACGCCGUGAGAGUGUUGACAUGUAUGUAUGAGUACACGUAUGUAUGCUGCGGUCUCUCCAAUGUCCUUUAUCUCUAGAAUGUAAUAUAAACAGAGGGCUUUGUAAUCUUUUUUUAAUAUAUCAGAGUUUUUCUAAGUGGUUCAGUACAUUCCUGCUUAACUUAAAGUCUUGUCACUAUACAUGACAUGUAACAUUCAUAUAUAUAUAAAACAAAUAUGUAUAUAUGUAUGGCCAAUUAUAUUAGUUUAUGUAAACAGGGUCCUUGUAUAUAGAUAUUUUCCUUGGCCUUGUUGAACGAAUGGAUCUUUCUUUUCUUUUAAGAGUAUUGUUUUAAGUUGAUACUGACAAAUCCAUAAUUUAGUUGUGUCUUUAUUAUUAUGCAAGUAUUUGAGUGUGUGUUUGGUGUUACCCUGUUCCUCUUACUCUAAAUGCAGUGUUAAUGCUGGUUACCUUUACUUUUAUUUUUACCCUGCCGGUUAGUAGUAUAGUGUACCAUUAAUGUGUUUGGAGUAUUUGGAAUGGCAGUUUGUACAAUGUUGCCGAGGUUUUGCAAGCAGUCAUUUUUGACGGGAGCUAUUAAUGACGUAAUAUACACAAAAAAAUCUUUAUUUUAUUACAUUAUGUACUUGUUUGACUUUAUGUGCAGCCGUAAAAUCUGGAGCGGAUUUCAGAUUUGACUAAUCACUGCUAAAAUCAGAUCACAACAUCUGUUAAUUGAUUGCAGUUUUACGCUUCUAAUAGUAACAAUCAUUGUUUGCCCAGUGAGUGCGAUCUGAAUUUUUGCGGCCCUUAUUUAUUUACACAUUUUAUGUUGUAGUAAUUUGUUAUUUGUUUGUCUUAUAUGGUGUUCUGGCUUAUUACAUCACUGGAAAUGUUUGUUUGUUUUCUGGCUUAUGUAUUUGUAUAUUUGUAUGUUGCAAAGUGCCUUCCCAGUACUGAUUGUGAACAGCGAUGGGUAGGAAAAAUCUGUCAUUUAAAGGACCUAUCUUAUAAAAACCAUAUACAACAGAGUUGCAUUGACACUUUUGUAUAAAGACAUGCACAUAGAAAGGUGUACAUUUGUACGUUUGGUAUUCUACCUUUUUUGUUUUCUGACAAAAUGUUGUUUCUCUGCAAUUUAUGUCACAACGUUGAUCAAUUUUUGGACAUUUGGAUAUAAGCAUACUUUUCUAUUGAUGUUUGUUUUUGUACACUGUUUUUGUGUCUCUGUCUAUUUGGUACAGAGAUGGGUAUAAAAUAAAAUUGUAUUUGAGAA